GCAGAGACCGUGGCACCGUGCCCAGUUGCCCAUUCGAACCCACUUACCCAGACCCGAGUGAGCAACAACCGACACCCGAGGUCCAACGCGAAGAAGAACAGCACCACACAGAAGAGCGAGCAUGGCAAAGGAAACUAAAAAGUCUCAGCAAUCUCGCUCGUCUUCCUCCCCGAGGGCACCCACAGAAGCGUCAACUGGGCAGAUGGUGUUGAAGGUCAAACAAAGUGAGGGGACAAGGAGGUCAGCAAGGUUAAGCAGCAGUGAGGGGAAGAGAGCCAUUUCAGUACAGAAGUCCAAAACCAAGCAGAAGAAAAAAAGUGCAAAACUUGAUGCCAAGAUUCCCAAGAAACCACCAACUGCUUUCUUCUAUUUCUUGGAGGAUUUUCGUAAGGAAUUUCAAGAACAAAAUCCAGGUGUCAAGUCAAUGCGCGAUAUUGGAAGGGCAUGUGGAGAGAAGUGGAAAACAAUGGCAUAUGAGGAAAAGGUUCAAUAUUAUGAUAUAGCGAUGGAGAAACGGGCGGAGUUUGACAAGGCCAUGGCAGAAUAUACAGAGAGAAAGGAAAGUGGUGAGGAUGAAGAAACUGAGGAUGAGGAAGAGGAAGAUUGGUCUCCCUAAGAAAUCAUGUUCCCUAUGGUGGAAGUAAACAAGUGUAUACAAUUUAUAGGUCGCUGUCAAUCCAUGUAUCAUUCUUGUCUAUAUUUGUUCACAAUUGGAUUUAGUAGUGAGUGCAGAUUUUAACAGUUGGUAUGUACUAUGUACUUAAAAUGAGUGAAAGAUGACAAGUCAAAUUGGUACUUAUUAGGAACUUCUAGUUUUAACUGGCCUUGGAUACAAUUAUUGUCUAGAUAUGUGCUUGAUUAGUAACAAUCUUUGGUCAUCUGCCUAUCCCAAAAAAGGUUGCUGUGGUUAGUGAGAACACUAUUCAUGAAUGCAUUUUGUUUUCAUCUCU